AUGGAGAAAAAGGCAAUAUAUGCUAAAGUACGCGUGACAGAUGACUGUGAAAACACUUUCAGUGACUAUCACGACGAUGACAGUGGCAUUGAGUUAGCGACUCUUCCAACAGAAGAGUCGUCGCAAAUACCAAAUGAAGAAUCUUUUCAGGAUGAGCCUUUGGAUGAGCAUCUUUGGAAUCGAUGGGAUAAUCCAGUAGUGAUUUCUACAGCCAUAUCUCUUCUUUGCAUUCCAGUAAUCGUAUCCUGGAUUGUCUUUGGGGUUCAGUUCACUGGCCGCUUGUGGGCAGUUUGGAUUGGUGUCAUGCAUUUGCAAUGGAACUUGAGAUCCUCCCAUCAUCAGGUGAAACAAAGAGUCCAACGUUCACAUGAUGGACCGAGCAAUGCACGGUCCAAUAUCUGCUCCUGCUCCUGUUGGUGGUCUCCGUCCAUUGUACCAUGUGCUGACGUCUUGCUGUUUGGAGCUGGUUACCCAGCCAUUGCCUGGGUCUUAAUCGAGUUGCUCUUCCGAGAUGUGGACGGGACCAUUAACUUUGACUGGAUGGCCAUGACGUACAGAUUGAGAGUCAUGGUGGGAAUGGGGUCGGUGCUGGUAAUCCUGAGACUUGGUGUGGGAGUUCGAUCCAGCUGGGAUCGAAACUUUCAACGGAAGGCGACCUUUGGAAUGCCGUUCCUUCCUACCAACCCGUCUGGCGCUACGGAGUUGGCCGAGAGACGCUUACUGCCAUUACUCAAGUACAUCAACCUAACAAUCCUCCUAUUUCAUCUUCUUUGCCUUCUAUCGCUGGCAUCUCACUUUGGGCCAUGGCCAUCCUCGGCCAUUCCCUUUUUGCCAACAGCCAAGGACAAAGACUGCGAUCCGCUGGAUACAACCUUGUGCGCUUUUCCUUUUCCCAGUUUUCACCACAUGGCUCAAGAUGAGUCAACAGUGACGGGCUGGAGGGUAGAUUUGAAGGGCCUAGCACCCUUGAGAGGAGGGAUUCCUUUGCAUCCGAAAUUUUUGAAUCGAUUGGAUGGCUUUAGUACGAUGGCUCCCAUACUGUUUUACAUGGAAGGCUUGAAGGAAGCCCAUGAGCAACAAAGAAACAUCGAGGACGAUUUUCAUCCUCGUCUACAAGGACCUGGACAUAUUGCGUCGUCUGUCACCAACCAAUCUAUCACCCUCUUGCUCAAUGUUGACGACCAAACGCUGAUCCACCACAGUGCCGAGAUUGAUUAUGCUGACUCAGAAGCACCACUGGUCUUGGUGAUUCCAGCUCAACCAAUGAAACAUGCCACCCACUAUGCUGUGGCGGUGGUCAAUGCGGUGGGCAAAAGUGGUGAGAAACUCCCAAGGACACGUGGGAUGCAAUCCUUGAUGCAGGAGAAAGGGGGUUCUCCACGAUUGCUACGAUACAACGAAGUCUUAUUUCCAUCCCUUCGUCAGGCGGCACCUUGGGUGGGCGAUAAAGACAACGGCUCAGAUAUUGAUAGUGUGCAGCUCUUGUUUGACUUUGUCACUGUGAGCGAAGAGAGUCAACUCGGACCUAUCCGGGCGGUUCGUGAUGGCGUGCUUCAAGUCGUCCAAGAUUGGGAUUGGAGCGACCAUGUCGAACUCGUGGCGGAAAUAAAUGAGAACGAAUGUCAUCUAGCCUCGAGUUUCACAAAAGUGGCCCGUACUUUUCACAUAAACCUGGACGUUCCAUCCUUUUUGCAAAGUCGCAGUCGCUACGCGUUCCUGGAUGACGAGGCCGUCGAAUCGGGUGUACCAGUUUCGAUCGGAAAAGCCAAAGCGAUGAUUCGAGUGCCUUGUUCAGUAGAAAGUGCAGCUCUUGGGUACGAAGGUGGCAAACAAAUACGAACCAUUAUGGAAUAUGGGCAUGGCCUUUUCUACAAUCGACUUGAAGUGGCGGAUGGAUUCCUUUCCCAAAUGGCACAUGAAAAUGGCUACUUGUUGAUGGCUAUGGAUUGGAGGGGGAUGUCGCUAUUUGAUCUUCCGGUUGUCAUUAAGACUCUGAUUGGGGAUCCAAGUCAAUUUCAAUCCGUCCGCGACAACUUGAUCCAAGGAUACGCAGAGAAAUUGGCGCUACAACAUUUUGCCCGAAAUGGGAUGUUGGACUGGCUUACUAUUGACGAUGCAAAACUUCCAACGGUCGAAAACAAACAACCAACCUCUGUUUUCUAUGGCAUAUCACAAGGAGGCAUCUUGGGAGGAGGCUACUUGCCUCUAUCUGGCAAGACAGCACUUAUCGAUCGGGGGAUACUGGGCAGUCCUGGAACACCGUUUGCCUCAAUAUUAACCAGAUCACUGCAAUUCGUCGCUUAUGAUUUGCUUUUGCUACUCAAUUUGUACAAUAAUCGAGAGGUUCGAUUACUGCUGUCGCUAGUACAAAUGGCGUGGGACUCUACAGAAGCAGCUGGGCUAAUGGCGUCUCCCAUCAACCCUGAAGAAUCCCUGCCACCCAUCUUGCUGCAAGCAGGAUUGGGCGAUGUCAUUGUUUCAACACUUUCGACUGAAGCCAUGGCACGGUCCAUGAAUAGCUCGAUCCUCCCCAACAAUCCACGUACCGCCAUAUUUGGCAUUCCUGUUGGCAAUCCGGUAAACAUGACAUCAUUUGGUCCAAAGGUUACGCUGACCGAAGUGCAAUACAAAUACGAGUAUAGUCAUCUGCAAGAGGAUAACACCCUUCCAGUCGACAAUAGCGUACACUUUUGUGUGCGGUGGGAUUCUGCCCUCAGGGAACAGGUAGCGGAGUUCUCAAACACUGGUCGAAUUGUUGAUCCGUGUGUUGCGGAUAGGUGUAUGAGAUCCACUUGCUAA